AUGUCCGCCUCCUUCAAGAACACCAUCCUGUACAGAGAGCACCCCGAGGUGGCCCAGCUGGUUACUGAGCUGCACGAGCUUUCGGAGCAGCAAGAUGCACAGGGCACGGGCAUCUCGUCGCUCAACGGCCAGAAUGUGCAGAAGCGCGACUUUAGCAUGUACAAGGACAAGAUGAUUGCACUAGAGCAAGACAAGUCCGAGCUUAUCUAUGCUGUGCUUCGGAACAAGAACGCUCGCCGUAUCUUUGAGGCUGGUACAUCGUACGGCGUCUCUACUAUCUACCUCUUACUCGCAUCGCAGGCAGCAGAAGCCAAGCUAGGCAAGCAGAGCGGAGCUGGUGGAGCACCGGCCAUGGUGUGGGGCACAGAGAAGGAAGAUCACAAAGCGGAUGCUGCGAUAGCCAACCUCGCACGAGCCACCAAGCUGCCGGACGGAACCAAGGCAAUCCCCGGUUUCACCAUGCUAAGAGGAGACAUUCUCGAACUGACGAGCAAGGCCAACAUCGAAACCGAUAGCCUAGAUGCUGUGCUGUUCGAUAUCUGGGCAGAGAUGGCGCUGCCGACAUUCAAGCUGCUCGAAGCAUCGCUCAAGCCGGAUGCAGUGCUCUUCAUCGACAACUGGCUCACCGGUGUGCAGAUCGGGACCUAUGCCAAAUUUCGCGACUACCUCGAAUCGAAGGGAUGGUAUGUCGUAGCCAUGCCUUUCAAGAAUGGUCUCGGUAUGGCCACGCGUGCCAUUUCGUAG